CUGCAGUUGUUGAAGGACAGUAUCAUAUUCUUCUUAAGCUGCAUGAGCUGGCAUAGGUGACACCUUCCUUAGGGCAGUUCCUUCAUUUUCAAAAUAACACGCACUACAAAUGACUACGCAGAAUGGGGCAAGAACGCAGGUGGACGGGGGUGCCAUCUGCUUCUUUCCUACUAUGACUCGGCCUGACAUGCAGAGUAUCACUUUCGAUAACCACCUUGUCCAGAAGUUGAUGGCCAUUCCCAAUGCUCGCGAUGCAGGUGUGCAUCUCCUGCUGGCGGGUUUGUGGGCAUUAGCACUGCGUCAGUAUGCCGAAGUCGACACGGCUCGGUUCGAUGUAUCGACAAGUAUAUCGGCCAGUGGAAAGGGUUCUGGAGGAACGAAGCGUAUUUUCAGCAGCUCCCUGAGCCCAUCAGACCCUGUCUCGUCAUUGUUCGACAUCAGGAACUGGGAUAUCCGGUUCGUCGAUCAGAAGCACUCAGAUUCCUUCAACACGGGCGUCUUCGUGAUCGAGAACCAGAACGGGAGAUGUCUUCUCGACGUCGAGUACCACGAUAUCAACCUCCUCCUGCAGUCCAACCGGACAAGCGCGGAACUGUCCCUUGUUUACCGUUCGAGUGCAAUCGCCGGUACAUACGCAAGGCAUCUGGCCGACGGCAUUGCACAGGCGAUUGCAUCUAUAUCGGAGAAUCCCAACCAAUCCAUCGGAGAAGUAGAUUUUUGUUGCUCGCUCCAAAAGGCACAGGUCAUUACCUGGCAGAACGCAAGAAUCAUUCAACCAGAUCGGUCGUUCCUAUUCGAAUUCAUCAGCAGAAACGCAACGGUACAUGGAGACACUCUGGCCGUCGACUCGUGGGACGGACAAUUCACGUAUGCAGAGCUAGAGGAGCUCUCUACUGUUAUGGCGACCAGGUUCCAAGAGCGAGGCAUUGGAUCUGGGGACCUGGUACCGGUGUGUUUCGAAAAGACAAAAUGGGCCAUUGCAGCUAUGCUUGCUAUUAACAAGACCGGGGCUGCUUUUGUCCCACUCGAUCCGGCGUAUCCUCAAAGUAGACUGGAGACGAUCAUUCAGAAGACACAAGCCCGCGUUGCUCUCGCUUCUCCAACGACUGAAUCAAUCCUUCGUCCAUUGGGUUUGCCCCUCCUCGUUAUUUCCGACUCCAUACUCAGCUGCUGUCUCCUACACAGCAAGCGGUAUACUGCUCCAAACAGCGCAGUUGCUCCAGCCUACUGUUUCUUCACCUCGGGAAGCACUGGUGACCCGAAAGGCUGCGAAAUGAGCCAUGUUGCCUUUGCCAGUAUUGCGACACACGCACGGUCACUACGCCUGAGUCAGAAAAGCCGGAGUCUACAGUUUGCUUCAUUUUGCUUUGGUGCCUCCUUGCUGGAGAUCUGGUGCACUCUGAUUGUUGGAGGGACAUUAUGUAUACCCUCGGACCAUGACCGCCUUAACAGUCUCGGGGAGUUCAUGACAAAGAUGCGGAUCAAUUGGGCCUUUAUCACUCCUACGGUGCUGGCGUCUAUAUCCCCUGACAAUUUCAACAAUUUGCACCUCUUCGUCGCCGGUGAACCCAUUGGAGAACGUGACAUCAGAGCCUGGGCACCGAGAGCACGACUUUUCCAGGCAUACGGCCUAACAGAAUGGGCUGGGAUCUUUGCCGUCUCGAGGCAAAUACGCACACCUGAGGAUAGGAAGUCAAUCGGCCAUCCAGUAAACGCCAGGGCAUGGAUAGUGGACCCGUUAGAUCACCAAAAACUGGCACCUAUAGGAGCGGUGGGUGAACUUGUGAUUGAAGGCCCCAGUCUCGCGCAGGGCUACCGGGGUGAUCCAGAACGAACAGCGGCAGUGUUCCUUCAGCGGCCCCCCUGGCUGACUUUGCCAGCUUUGUCAAAGGACGGGAGCUCAUUGCGAGUUUACAAAACUGGAGAUCUGGUGCGAUAUGCAGAGGACGGUUCGCUGGUCUACGUGCGGCGGAAGGACAAUCAAGUAAAGAUUCACGGUCAACGUCUGGAAAUUGGCGAGGUCGAGUAUCAUGUCAGGCAACUCUUCCCCCAGGCCAAGAUGGUGAUAGUCAUGGUUCAUGAGCCCUCGGAUGCGGGGAGCCACCAGCGGAAUCUCGUUGCUCUCACUCUUCAUCCGCCGAACAAUGGCCAUACUGGCUUUUCGCAUGGGAAACUAGGGUUCGCGGAGGUGGAUCAGGAGUACCAGUCGAAGGUGGAACAUGUCAGGAACGGCCUACGAUCUCGCUUACCAGCCUUCAUGAUUCCACAGCUCUUUCUUCCUCUCAGCCAGAUCCCUACCACUAUUACCGGCAAAGCUGACCGCCGAUCCCUGUGCCGCGACGUCAACAAGCUGUCCUACGCUCAGCUUCAUGGACUUACUACUCAGGUGGUAAGUACUAGAACAGCACAGGGCAAGGCCGAAGAAGCAAUCCAUGCAGCCGUGUGUGAUGUCUUGGGUCUGGUGCCGGAGCACUUUGGAAUGCAUGACAAUUUCUUUCAUCUCGGUGGUAAUUCGGCUUCUGCCAUGAAGCUUACCAUGUCUGCUCGACGGCAAGGGCUGCGCUUGACGAUACGCGACGUCUUCAAUCAUCCAGUGUUGGCUGAACUCGCUUCUGCUGCGAACUUGAGCAACGGAUGUGAACGCCCAGCAGUCCGAACUAUGGAAUUGCUGGAGCCAGAAUCAGUCUCUGAGCUAAAGCAACUGGCAGUAUCCCAGUGCCGUAUUGGCGAAGACAUUAUCGAAGACAUUUAUCCGUCCACGGCCCUUCAGGAGGGACUUGUCGCCAUGACUGCACGGGACCCUUCGCUUUGUAAGGCGAGGGUGAUUUGCAAACUGCGCUCGAAUGUUCGUAUCGAUGCUCUUACAGCAGCGUGGGAGCGUGUUGUACAGCUGAACGACGUCCUACGAACUCGGUUUAUCUUAUCUGCCUCGCAUGGGACGCUCCAGGUGGUUUGCAAGGAACCCUUUUCGUGGGCUCGGGCACAGAAUCUCGAGGACUGCAUACAGCAAUCAGAUGCACUCGUGCACCGGGUUGGAGAUAAUCUCGUCCAUGCGUACAUCAUUCCUGACGGGAAGGACGCAGACUCAGCAUCCGCAUUUGUAUUUGUUGCGCAUCACGCUCUCUGCGAUCAAUGGUCUAUACGGUUGCUACUGGACCAGCUGACAGCUGCAUAUGGACACUCCAAUCUACCGAGCAACCGAUUCAGCGCGUUCAUCAGGUAUCUUAUGAACAAGAAAUCUCACUUCAAGGACUACUGGAUCAGCCAGUUCCAGGGCCUCGAGGCAGUUGCAUUCCCUCCUCUGCCCUCUCCCUCCUACACUCCUGUGGCUAGCGAAAAGUUCGACUUUGGAAUGAACCUUCUCGGAAACUCAAACAAGCAGAUCACUACGGCAAGCUACAUUAAGCUAGCAUGGGCUGUCGUCACUUCCUGCAAUACUGGCAGCAUUGACACUGUCUUUGGCAUUACAGUCAACGGUCGAGGUGCUACCGUCGACGGCGUCGGUGAAAUGACCGGCCCAACCAUCGCCACCAUUCCACAGCGUAUCAAGCUGUUGCCGGAUCAGACAGUCACGAGUGUAUUGGCCGAGAUCCAGGCUCACUCUUUGGAGGUCAUUCCAUUUGAGCAAGCCGGUCUACAGAAUAUUCAAAGGUACUCGCCCGAGGCAAGGUCGGCCUGUAUGUUCCAAAGCCAACUGAUUAUCCAACCUUGUCCUCCGAGUCCGCCAGAUCUCUUCGAGGCUUGCGACUUUUCUGCAACUCAGACGGGAGGAUUCUCUGCUUACGGCCUCUCAAUAGAAUGUCAGAUGACGCACCAUGAUCGCCAUUGCGAAGUCACCGCGACCUUUGAUCCUGACAUGAUCAGUCGGCAGCGUGUGCAAAGGCUGCUGCAACACCUUGAACUGGUCUUGCAAGAGGUCAUGGCAGAUCCCUCACGCAAAAUCGGCGAUUUGCCCCGGAUGAGUCGGCAAGACUGGGAUCAGAUACAGCGAUGGAGUGGCACUCUGCGCCCUGUCUUGAGGCAGUGCGUGCAUGAUAUUGUCGAGGAACGUUAUCUGGAGUAUCCCAAUGCAUGUGCGGUAUCUGCUCCCGACGGAGAUCUCUCCUACGCCGAGCUCAUACAUUCAGCUAACGCCGUGGCGGCCGAAUUACUUGCCCACGGUGUCGAACCGGGCAAAUAUAUCCCAGUGCUGUUCGAGAAGUGCAAGUGGUCGCCAGUGGCUAUGUUGGGUAUUUUGAAAGCAGGCGCCGCAUUUGUUCUCCUUGAUCCCUCCUAUCCUCCCCAGCGUCUCCAGGCCAUUUGCGAAGGCUUGAAGAGCAAAGUUGUUCUGUGUUCAAAGAGCAUGUCUGAAAAAGCGGUCUCGCUCGCUCCCACGGCUAUAGCUAUCCACGAAAAUGCCGCAUUCCGGGCAGAUGAUCCCAGCGCCACCCUCCCCGUUGUCAGCCCAGAAGACCCAGCAUACGUCGUCUUUACAUCCGGGUCAACAGGUACUCCAAAAGGCGCAGUUAUAGACCACCAAGCGUAUUGUUCCAGCGCCGUAGCGCACAACCGCGCGCACUUCCUUGAUAGCGACUCGAGAGUGCUGCAGUAUGCCUCCUACGCCUUCGACGUCAGCAUUAUGGAGACGCUCAGCACACUCAUGGCUGGCGGGUGUGUCUGCAUACUAUCCGACCUGGAGCGCCAUGAUCACUUUGCCGACUCUGUUCAGAGGCUGGCAGUCACACAUGCGUUUUUGACUCCUUCUACAGCCCGACUACUAAUGCAGCGAAAGCUCCCAUCGCUACGCGUGCUAGUCAUGGGUGGCGAGGCCAUGUCACCAGCUGAUCGCAACUACUGGAUGAAACGAGUUCGGUUGAUGAACGAAUACGGUAUUGCCGAAUGCUCUGUGGCGUCUACCAUCAGGAAGAUCUCAGAUGUCGAGCAGAGGGACAUUGGUUUCCCGAUGGGCGUUGUCGCCUGGAUUGCAGAUCAGCGUGAUCACGAAAGGCUAGUGGCAAUUGGAGCCAUUGGGGAGCUCCUGCUUGAAGGGCAUUCGGUCGGUCGAGGAUACCUGGAUAAUCCGGAAGCCACUCGGCAGGCCUUCAUCGAACAACCACGCUGGCUGCGGGCUGUGCGCGAUGGGAAGCCAAGUCGGGUGUACAAGACCGGUGAUCUAGUCCAGUACAACGAGGAUGGCUCAUUGAAUUUCAUAGGUCGGAAGGACUCGCAGAUUAAGAUCCGUGGGCAGAGGUUCGAGUUGGAGGAGGUCGAGCAGCACCUUCGCCGGAUCGACGAGAUCCAGGAAGUAACGGCAGUCGUUGCAGCGCCUUCGGAUAGGCCGACGCAACCGUAUCUGGUGGCAUUCAUUGUCCCGAGAGCCAGCAAAUCCUUCUGUGUUCACUCUGCAAAGGCCCUGAUUACGCCUCCUACAGAAGAAUUCCGCCACCUCGCGGCAGCCAUUCAAUCCAAACUGCACUCGAUCCUCCCAGGCCACAUGGUGCCGUCAAUUUAUCUUCCAGUCACCCUAAUGCCAAAGACAAGCAGCGACAAAGUCGACCGCUGCAGACUGAAGGAGGAAGUCGGGAAACGGUCUUGGUCAGAUCUCCAGGCGUACAGUGUCUCAAACACGCCACGCAGGGCUCCCUCCACCGGUGUCGAGCAGGACUUACAGCGAGUGUGGGCGCAGAUACUCGGGGUCCCUCGGGACAGCAUUGGCGUGGAGGACAGCUUUUUCCACCUUGGUGGUGACUCUAUCACUGCCAUGCAAGUUGUUGCAGAGGCGCGCUCUCGAGGCCUAGAACACUCCAUCCAGGACAUCAAUCAACUCAAAUCUAUCGAAGCGAUUGCAAAGAAGAUCGGUGUGGUUUCGACCAUCGCACAUGUUGUCCAGGAUGAGGUAACGGAUGAACUGUUUGGCUUGACACCAAUCCAGGAAUUCUUCUUCGAAAUGUACCCUGAGGGAACGUGCCGAUUCAACCAGAACAUCCUGGUCCAUUUCCAAAAGCCGGUUGCAGACAGCAAUGUGGAGAGGGCGGCAAUCAAGUUGGUCAGGAAUCAUGCGAUAUUACGAGCUCGCUAUGCCCGGCAGAGUGACGGUUCAUGGAAGCAGUUUCUCACAGGUUACACCGAGCAGUGUUUUCGUUUCAGCGCGCACAAGAUCAAUUCAGUACAAGAGAUGCGGCAUAUAAUCGGCCAGAGUCAGACAUCGCUGGACCCGGAGCACGGCCCAGUGUUUACUGUGGACCUGUUCGAACACGAUGGCCAGCAGUCCCUUUUCAUGAUCGGGCAUCAAUUGGUGCUUGACCUUGUGUCCUGGCGCAUUAUCUUAGCUGAUAUGGAAGCGAUGAUUCUUGAGCCUCAACACGAGCCCCAGCUCACAACGUCCUUCCAAACAUGGGCUCGUCUGCAGGCCGAGUACGGCGCGCGUCAUCUGGAACCACCACCCGUCCAGCAGCUCUGCAGUAUAGAUGAGCCCUCGAUGCGCAAGUUCUGGGGGGCGGUGAACAAUGCCAAUACAAGGGGAGACUCCAAGACGAGGCUGGUCCGGCUGAGCGAGGAGCUUACCAACAAUGUCUUUGGCCCUACCAGCCAAGCCCUUGACGUCCAACCGGUCGAGCUCCUCCACGCAGCCAUCCUCUUCUCUUUCGUACAGACCUUUCCUCACCGACCUGCUCCCUGCAUCUUCGGUAAAGCCCACGGCCGCGAGACGUGGGAUUCCUCCAUCGACGUCACCCGCACGAUUGGGUGGUUCACCACUCUCUGGCCAGUGGCAGCACAGGUGAGUCUAUUGGAUAGUCUCGAGACGGUAGUGCGUACCGUUCGGCAAGCUCGACGAGCGAUGGACAUGCACGGAUGGAAGCAUUUCACAUCGAUAUACCACAACACUCAGCAGGAGAAAUGCAGCGCCGGGAUGCAGCUGAUGGAGAUAACCUUCAACUACGCGGGGAAGUUCCAGCAGGUUGAGCAGGACGGUGCCCUCUUCCGCAUGGAACCCAUGGCGAAGCAGAAUCUGUUUGAUGGCGCGGGCGAGCUGGGCCGGUGGGCCAUGCUCGAGAUCAAUUCGGUUAUUCUUAACGGCAUGUUGGAGUUUCAUGUCACCUAUAAUCGGGGGACUGAUGAGGCUCGUGUCUUGUCUCCGUGGAUGGAUAAUCUGGUCAAGUGUCUUGAAGGUCUUGCGAGCGGGUUUGCUUAGAUGGUUGAUCUGGAGAGUGAUAUCACAGAAUGAGUUGGUCUGGAUGAUGGUGAACAGGAAGGGUAUUUACUGAGGUGACCAUGUAGAGUAAUUGUUCUGAUCACAUAAAGAUUGACAAUAGUCAGGUUCAUUAACAGACAACAUCCUGUUCUGAAUGCGACGACCU